UCCGCCUCCUGCUCUUCUGGCCAACUUUUCUCUGCACUCGGCUUACUGCAACUGCAGUGCCGGGUACAGGCAGUGCCAGCUUCGCAGCAGGGAUCAAGGCUCAGAGCAGGAGACUGAGAGGUGAUAAUGGAGAUUCUGGAAGGAUUCUCAGGGAGACCCCAGCUGCUGCCCUGGGGAGCUGGGGUCAUUGCUCUGCUUUUGACAAUUGUGACCGUGUGCUCCCUGCCCUCCCUGAUGGAAUACUGGCGGCGAUGGUGGAUGAUGAACUCAAUCCCGGGUGUCAGCCCCUGCUAUCCUGUGCUGGGAAAUGCCCUGAUCUUAGAGCGGAAUGGAGAAGAUUUUUUUAAACAGCUACAGUUUUAUGUUGAACAAUUCAGAAGUUGGCCACUGUUCAAACUUUGGAUAGGACCAGUGCCUGUCAUGGUUUUGUAUCACCCUGACAGUGUGGAGGUUAUUCUGAAUAGCUCAAAACAUAUAGAAAAAUCAUACUUGUAUGAAUUCCUGCAUCCGUGGCUGGGCACUGGACUUCUGACAAGUACUGGAGACAAAUGGCGGUCACGGAGGAAGAUGAUAACUCCCACGUUCCACUUUGCAAUCUUGAAUGACUUUCUAGAGGUCAUGAAUGAACAAGGAAAUAUUUUGGUGAAGAAACUUGAGAAACAUGUUGACAAGGAGCCAUUUAAUGUCUUUAUGGACAUCACUCUGUGUGCCCUUGAUAUCAUUUGUGAAACAGCAAUGGGCAGGAAUGUGGGUGCCCAGAACAAUAAGGAUUCUGACUAUGUUUCUGCUAUCUACAGGAUGGGUGAUCUAAUCCAAAGGCGACAGAUGAGCCCUUGGCUUUGGCCUGAUUUUUUGUAUAUAUUGUUCAAAGAAGGAAGAGAGCACAAGAGGAACCUCAAGAUCCUUCACAAAUUUACAGAUACAGUCAUUGCAGAAAAAGCUGAAGAGCUUAAAAGCACCAAGGAAAAGAAACAUGAUAAUGAUGGCAGCUGUGAAGAAAGUGGUUCCAAAAAGAGAAAAGCAUUCCUGGACAUGCUGCUGAAUGCAACAGAUGAUGAAGGGAAAAAAUUGAGCUAUAGGGACAUUCGUGAGGAAGUGGAUACUUUUAUGUUUGAGGGCCAUGAUACAACAGCAUCUGCCAUAAACUGGGUCUUGUACUUGCUUGGACAUAAUCCAGAAGUUCAGAAGAAGGUUCACAAGGAAUUGGACGAGGUGUUUGACAAUAGCGAACGUUCUGUUACCACGGACGAUUUGAAGAAUCUUCGAUACCUUGAAUGUGUUGUGAAAGAAGCUCUUCGUCUCUACCCUUCAGUUCCCAUGUUUGCUCGUACCUUGAGGGAGGAUUGCUGUAUUAAGGGAUAUCAGGUACCAAGAGGUGCAAAUAUCCUUGUUUUAACUUAUGCUCUGCAUAGAGACCCUGAGAUCUUCCCUGACCCAGAGGAGUUCAGGCCUGAGCGAUUCUUCCCUGAAAAUUGUAAGGGAAGGCACCCAUAUGCUUAUGUGCCCUUCUCAGCUGGUCCCAGGAACUGCAUUGGUCAGCGCUUUGCACAAAUGGAGGAGAAAACUCUUCUAGCCCUCAUCAUGCGGCGCUUUUGGGUGGAAUCAUGUCAAAAACCAGAAGAGCUUGGUUUAUGUGGAGAAUUGAUUCUUCGUCCAAAUAAAGGCAUCUGGAUUAAACUGAAGAGGAGACCAAAUGCUGGAUCAGAAUGAAAGGAAUUUGAAGAGUUUACUUCCAAAAGUUUUCUAUCUAUUUAGGCUGAGACAUAUUUUAAAAACAAAUACUUUGAUGUCAGUCCAGCAAUUUUUUAAAACCAGUUGUUACUGUUUUAUUAAAAAAGAUGCAGUAAUAGCCCUAGUUGCUCUGCUUUUAUAGUGCUUGUGAACUUCAUGUUAAUCUUUGAAAUGCAAGUCUUUAAACCUUAAAUUUUAGUGCCUUAUCUGCUCAGAUGAAAUUAUUCUAUUGCCACAGUGCCACAAAAACUUUAGCUAAGUUAAUAACAACAGUAGUGCCUGUGAUGAAGUGAUCACCUUACGUGCUGUAGCAUUUUCCAAGUUACUGGAAGUUUAAAGUAUUUGUAAGGUUUUCAGGUUUCUUUGGUUCUGAAAAAUACAAGUGGUAAUCCUUCUUGGCACCCUUUUUUUUUUUUUUUUUUCCCCUGGUGGUGACUGCCUCUGUAAAGACCAAACAAAAAAUCUCUGAUAACUUCACUCCUCCUUGAUAAGCAUUUACAGUAGUUUGUUAGAAGGGAAUGCUUUGAAUUAUUUUUUAGCAAACCAUACCAAAAAGCAUUAAUCUGUAUAACCACAGCAGGAACUAGACAGUAUGCAAAUGACACACAGCAUUUCAUAAUGACAGAAGCAAUGUAUUAUUACAAACUUUGAGAAUAAAUUUCUACUAUGCCUCAAUGUGGACUGCAAUUGUAUCUGUUGAAAUUGCAUGCCUGUGUGCAGGUAAAUUGCUGAUGAAUAAUAAUUUCUUAGCAUCAGUUCCUCUAGGGUGGUCAGACAACUGGAUUUUUCUGUGCUGGUCAAAGCUGAAACAAUGAGCCAGUGUGCUCUUGCCUUCUAGUGCCAUGAAGGCAACAUACUGAGUUUCUUGCUAAUUGAAGAGGAAUUACAGUGAUGGAACAAAGUGCCUGUGAAAGUUUCAGAUUGUAACCUCCAGGAUGGGUCAAAAUCUGCUACAGGCCAUACAGGUGGAGAACAGACUCUCCACAAUUUUUGUAAGCUCUGAAGAAAAAGCUGGUGCUAAAACCAAGCUGAGGUCCUCUAGCUGUUUUGGCUUUACUUGUGCCCUAUGCUUUGGGGCUUCUUUUGGCUGGUGUGUGUUCCUCUAGCACAAUGCCUGGUGGCUCUACAAAGAUGAGUGCCCACCCACAACCACACUCUUUAGUUGUUCCUGCCACUUGGUAGUGAGGGCUUUUGGUUAUUGUUGCCUUUAAGUUAUUCUUGGGCUGUAUGGACUAAUAUGGACUGGUACACUCUAAUGAUUAUUGUGUUACAAAAUAAGAAGGAGUAAUCUGUUCUUGCUAAUUUUGUUGACAUUUACAGAUUUUUUUCUCUUGUCUGUUUCUAUGUGUCCUUUUAACAACACUUAAUCACUUAAUACCUGAGAUACUGCUGUACUUCGCUGAAUAUCAUAAUAAAGACAAAAAAGUUUAUACUUGUACCAAAUAAACUAGAGGUUUCCUUGAAUCUGCCAAAUUCUUUAUAUUCUAAUAGGCCUUGUUUUUACCAUUUUCUGAGGAUCUUUCAAAAAGAAAGUGUGUAACGAUUAGUUAACAUAAAUGAAAUCACAGAUUUUGACAAAUAGUCUGUAAUUACUAUUUUACCAUUAAGACAAAGAAGUCUUUAACAAUAACAAGUAAUACUUGCUUUCUUAAGCCUUCUUUUUCAAAGAUAGGUUUCAUUGCUCUAUAAUAAAAAGAAUUUCAGUUUCCAGGGCUGAAUCUAAUCAUUGUCUUCUUUAUAAUGAGUUAACUUUUGAGACCACCUUCAGAUGUUAAUACAUAUAAUACACAUGACACGUUUUCCAAAGAGAUUCUAAUUUAAGGAAUUAUUUCAUGCUUUUGGGUACUUGACAGUAUGAACUUUCAAGGUACAUAUGAUUAGCAUCCAAAAUAUGUUUUCUCAGGAGAUUUGGCAUGUAGUUGAAAUCUGAAGAGAUACCUAAUAUCUUAAGCUAUGUACCUGAGGACUUUCAAGACAGAUGGAAACUAAUAUUCCUUUUCUUCUGUGGGAUCUCUUUUGUGGAAACAGUUUGUAAGAUGGACCAAAUUAUAAAAUUUUUUUCAUAAGAUAAUUUUUCAAUUACUUUUGUCUACACUGAUCAAGAUUUUUUCUUGCGCUUUGCUUUUGUACCAUGCUCUUCUCAUAAUAAUGUGUGUAUAUCUCCUAUAAUUUCCUUAUACUCUCCAGAAUGGACAAGAAAAUAAUUGAGACAAAAACUGGAUAAAACUAUAAUAAGAAACUCAUUAUGAAAAGUGCAUGGGCUCAAAUGCUGGCACGAGAUGCCAAUGUGAAAAAUGCUUAUUUAGCGAUGCACAAAGUGUCUUUGCCAAGAUGAGCACUGAUGUAAUCCUAUAAUCUUUGUGUUCUGAGCUGUUCUGAAAUGGCAGUAAUCUCUUAUCUUCUGUUGUGAAAACUGGUUCUAAAGCAAUCUGACUCUGCUAAGGAAAUAAAUAUUGAGGAAAACAGUACUGGA